UUCGUGGAAGAUUGCGGUGCAUCGAUCUCGAGACUGAGUUCGCGUUCGGAACUCGUCCCGGGUUGCACCAUCUGCUUCCCAGCACUCUUGAGCUGAGCCGUCGUCUCUCUCGCUCGGUCUCUCCCUGUAUGUAGGGAUUGCUUCUUUUGCGGAACUAUGUGAUGGAGCCUGACAGGUUGAAUUCUCCUGACACUUCUGUAAUCACUAUUGACAUUCUGGGCCACCAACUGCAAUUUGGUCAGGAUCCAAAUUCAAAGCACUUAGGAACAACAGUUUGGGAUGCAUCAAUGGUGCUUGUCAAAUAUUUGGAAAAGAAUUCUAGAAGGGGAAAAUUCUGCCCAUCUAAGCUCAAAGGAAAGCGUGUUAUUGAGCUUGGAGCAGGUUGUGGGGUUGCUGGGUUUGGCAUGGCACUGCUAGGGUGCGACGUAGUCACAACAGAUCAAGCGGAGGUUUUACCACUGCUAAGGAGAAACGUGGAACGGAAUACUUCAAGGAUCCUCCAGAUGAAUCCAGAUUCGUUUGGUUCGAUUCAGGUAGCUGAAUUGGACUGGGGAAACAUGGAACAUAUAAACGCUGUUGAUCCUCCUUUUGACUUUAUCAUUGGCACAGAUGUCGUUUAUUCAGAACAUCUCCUGGAACCACUACUGGAGACAAUAUGUGCAUUAUCAGGACCUAGAACCUGUAUCUUGUUGGGUUAUGAGAUGCGAUCCACAAGUGUGCAUGAGCAAAUGAUGCAGAUGUGGAAGAGAAGCUUUGAUCUGAAACCAAUUCCAAAAUCCAAGAUGCACACUAAGUACCAACAUCCUAGUAUUCAACUUUUUAUGAUGGGCUCGAAGUCCAUGGAAAAAAGCACGGGAGAGUCUACUCGGAGGGCGGAGAGCACAGACGAGACAGCCCAGAGCAUCGGGACUUCAGAUGAGAGGACAAGAUAUAACGAGAAGCUCAGUGAAGACAAUUCAGCAGGACCUCAAAUGGAUAGUGGGGAUAACAAUGUCCCUGAUGAUCCUGCCAGCGAAAGAUUCAAGGACGAUGUCGAGUUACUGGAGAAACUCAAGAACGGCGAUCUUAGCGAAUGGGAAGCAAGAAGGAACAACCUUACAUCGUCCAGAAACUGGUUCAUUGAAGUCCUUGUCGAUCAGUCGACCUGCUCUAAAUUGAUGAUGCACCUUUCCACAUUUGUCGUAAAAGUAUUAGGAGGUGGUUGCGACAAUGACUUAGUUACCAAUUGUCAGUGGUUUAGCCAAGACGGCGAUAGCUAUCGAGGCGCGACACAGAUCUUCAUGAAUUUCAAGCUAUUCACGGAAGCCACGAGGAGGAGAAAACCAGAUUGAUCAUCUGAUGUUCUAGAAUUUUGCCUGUACUAGGUAACCAUUAAACUCGGGAUUCAUAAAAGUCAAGACGUUUAAUCAGUCCAAAUGCUACUUUUACUUGAAAA